AUGAAGCUUAAGACGGCGAUCCGUCGUGGCAACCUGGCGCGGAAGGAGGGCCAGAACAAGCAGCAAGAGAAAGCAGCCAAGGCCCACGGCCAGCAGCAGGAGGAAGCGGCAAGCAAGAUCCAGGCAAGCCUCCGUGGCAACUUCGCGCGGGAGGAGGCACACGACCGGCAGGAGGAGCAAGCGGCCACGAAGAUCCAGGCCGUCCACCGCGGGAACCUGGCGCGGAAGGAGGGACAGGAACGGCAGCAGGAGAAAGUGGCCCAGGAGACGCACGACCGGCAGCAGGAGGAGGCGGCUACGAAGAUCCAGGUCAAGAGGGGCAUUUUUGGGGCAACUGCUGCAGAGAGGAGGAUGAUCGAGAUCGACGACGACAAGAAGCUCUACCCGCUCUUCGACAAGCGCAUGUCGGCCGAGGUCUCGGGCGACUCACUGGGUGACGACUUCAAGGGCUACAUCUUCCGCAUCGGUGGCGGCAACGAUAAGCAGGGCUUCCCCAUGAAGCAGGGCGUGCUAUGCAACAACCGCGUGCGGCUGCUCUUCAAGAAGGGCAUGUCUUGCUUCCGCGAGCGCCGGACUGGCGUGCGCAAGAGGAAGUCGGUCCGAGGCUGCAUCGUUGGCCCUGACCUCGCUGUGCUCAGCUUGGUCAUGGUGAAGAAGGGCGAGCAGGACAUCCCGGGCCUGACUGACGAUCAGAAGCCGAGGCGUCUCGGUCCGAAGCGGGCCUCCAACAUCCGAAAGCUCUUCGGCCUGGAGAAGAAGGAUGAUGUGAGGCAGUUCGUGGUCCGCCGGGAGAUCAAGGAAGGCAAGAAGUCCAAGGCACCGAAGAUCCAGCGCCUGAUCACGCCCUCCCUGCUCCAGCGGAAGCGCUACUUCAAGGCCGUGGUCCGAAAGCGCAUGGAGAGUGGAAAGGAGGCCAAGGCGGCCUACCAGCAGCGUCUUGUGGAGUACCACCACGAGCAGCGCGAGGUGCGGGCGGCUGAGCUCCAAAAGAAGAAGAAGGGAAAGAAGUCCGACGACUGA